AUGAUCCGUGAUCAUUUAAUAAUCUAUCCCAUAGUUACUAUAUGGAUACUAACUGUACAUUAUGUGAAUUGUGCUGGGAUAAUAUGGGGUGGUGGUCACACAACAACCGAUACAACACAGACAUAUAUAAGAACGACAACGAAAGCUCCAAGACCUGUUACUGAAAAACAAGGACCAUUCGUAAUUGAUGAUGAUAAGAAACUUAUUCGUCAUUAUCCCAGAAAACAACCUAAACUAAUUUGUACACAGAGAGGUGGAAUCAUUCAAUGCUAUUAUGUAAAUAAAGGUACUAGCAUUCAACGUUUCAAUGGAAAAGGAUUAUUAUGGUCACUUUUAACACUGAAUUUUAUAUAUUUAGUGAUCUCAAGAUAUUGGUGA